AUGUCCUAUCCGCAGGGUUACCUCUACCAGCCCCCGGGCUCCCUGGCUCUGUACUCGUGUCCGGCGUACGGAGCCUCGGCUCUGGGUGCGCCGCGGAGCGAGGACCUGGCUCGGUCGUCCUCCGGCUCAGCCUUCAGCCCUUACCCGGGAUCGGCUGCCUUCUCCGCGUCGGCCGGCGCUGGCUUCUCCAGUCCGCUGUCAUACGCCACGGAUCCGACCACGGGAUUCCCAUCCUACAUGAGCUCUCCAUAUGACGCACACACGACGGGCAUGGCGGGGGCGCUGGGGUACCACCCGUACGGAAGCCCCGGGUACCCGUACCAGCUCAACGACCCGGCUUACCGCAAGAACGCCACCAGGGACGCCACGGCCACCCUGAAGGCCUGGCUGCAGGAGCACCGGAAGAACCCGUACCCGACCAAGGGGGAGAAGAUCAUGCUGGCCAUUAUCACCAAGAUGACCCUGACGCAGGUCUCCACGUGGUUCGCCAACGCCCGGCGGAGGCUCAAGAAGGAGAACAAGAUGACGUGGGCGCCCAGGAACAAGAGCGAGGACGAGGACGAGGAGGACGGGGACGGCGAGAGGAAGGAGGAGGUGGAGCGCUCCGAGAAGAACCAGGACAACAGCGAGGCGUCGGCGGAGGAUGAAGGGAUCAGUUUGCAUGUGGACACCCUGACGGACCACUCCUGCCCCUCGGAGUCGGACGGGGAGAAGGUCAGCUGCCGCGUGGCCGAGCUCAGCUCCGAGCAAGCCGGCGACAAGUGCGACGACGACGGCGAGGACCAGCACCACGACCCGCGGGCUCAGCUCUCGCCCAAGGCCGUCACGUCGCCUCCGCUCCCGGGAGUGGAGGCGCCGCUUCUCGGUCCCCACCACCACCACCACCACCACCCACACCAUCUCCACCACCACCUGCAGCACCUCCAGCACCUCCACAGCCAGCGGGAGGACCUGGCCCGGAGCCUCGUCCACAGCAGCGGCCUCAGCGCCGGCAAAUCGUCCCCGUGCCUGGAGAGCCGGGCUCCGUCGGGAGCGCCUCCGAUCCCCGCAGCCAAGCCCAAGCUGUGGUCGCUGGCGGAGAUCGCCACCUCGGACCAUAAGCAGCAGCAGCAGCAGCAUCCGCAGCAGCAGCAGCCACCGGGGCAGCACGCAGGGCAGCCCACCUGCCCCUCCUCCUCCUCCUCCUCCUCCACCAGCUCCCCGGCUGCUGCCAGCUCCCCCUCCCUCUACCCGGCCCCCUCCAUCCUUGGAAGACCUAUUUAUUACACUUCUCCCUUUUAUAGCAAUUACACAAACUAUGGUAACUUCAGCCCCCUGCAGGGCCAAGGGAUCCUGCGCUACACUAACUCGUCUGGAGUGAGUCUGGCCGCAGCAGCAGCAGCAGCAGCAGCCGCCGCCGCUGCUGCUGCGAACGAGGGCCUGAGCUCCUCCUCGCACCAGGGGCUGGAGGCGAGCACGAACCCCAAGCACAGGCCAGACUCGCCCCUCGUUAAACAUAACCCGAACCACAUUGUUGUUGUCGAGCAGCAGCAGCAGCAACAACAGCUUUUCAGAGCCGCACAUUUAGAGGCAAAGAAAGGUACGUAA